AAAAUGGGUCUUUAAAUAGACAGGAGUAGAGUAGAGUGCUCUCUCACACCACCAAACACACAGAAUCAUUACAAAGCACAACUCCUAUCACCAUGGAUCCUUACAAGUUUCGUCCCUCGAGCUCUCAUGAUUCUCCGUACUACACCACAAACGGGGGUGCUCCUGUUUAUAACAACAUCUCAUCCUUAACUGUUGGAACUCGAGGUCCGAUUCUUCUGGAGGACUACCAUCUCAUCGAGAAAGUAGCAAACUUUACGAGAGAGAGGAUCCCAGAGAGAGUGGUUCAUGCGAGGGGAUUCAGCGCCAAGGGCUUCUUCGAAGUGACGCAUGAUGUCUCGCAUCUCACGUGUGCCGAUUUCCUCCGAGCACCUGGCGUUCAGACACCAGUCAUUGUCCGUUUCUCGACCGUGGUUCACGAACGUGGGAGCCCCGAGACCAUGCGAGAUAUCCGUGGUUUCGCCACCAAGUUUUACACCCGAGAGGGCAACUUCGAUCUGGUAGGGAACAACUUCCCUGUCUUCUUCACCAGGGACGGCGUCCAAUUCCCCGACACGAUCCAUGCCCUAAAACCAAACCCUGUCACAAACAUUCAAGAGAACUGGCGAAUUCUCGAUUACUUCUCUCACUUCCCAGAAAGCCUACACACGUUCGCUUUCAUGUACGACGACGUGGGCGUUCCACUUAACUACAGGCACAUGGAAGGAUUCGGGGUUCAUGCUUAUCAGUUCAUCAACAAGGCUGGAAAAGCUCAUUACGUGAAAUUUCACUGGAAACCCACUUGCGGUGUCAAGUGUUUGCUCGAGGAAGAUGCUGCUAAAGUUGCAGCAGACAACCAUAGCCAUGCCACUAAGGAUCUACAUGACGCCAUUGCCGCAGGGAACUAUCCGGAAUGGAAGCUUUUCAUCCAAAUCAUGGAUCCUGCUGAUGAAGACAAGUUUGAUUUCGAUCCUCUUGAUGUAACCAAGACUUGGCCUGAGGAUGUAUUGCCUCUGCAACCCGUUGGUCGGUUGGUUCUGAACAAAAACGUCGAUAACUUCUUCGCUGAGACAGAAAUGCUCGCUUUCAACCCGGGUCUCGUGGUUCCCGGGAUCUAUUAUUCACAAGAUAAGCUCUUGCAAGCUCGAAUCUUUGCGUAUGGCGACACUCAGAGAUACCGUCUUGGGCCAAAUUAUCUCCAGCUUCCCGUUAAUGCUCCCAAAUGUGCCCACCACAACAAUCAUCAUGACGGUUUCAUGAACUUCAUGCACCGCGAUGAGGAGGUGAAUUACUUCCCUUCAAGAUUUGAUUCAGUUCGCCAUGCCGCGAAAUACCCUAUUCCUUCUGCUGUUUGCUCUGGUGAACGCAUAAAGUGCGUCAUUGAGAAAGAGAACAACUUCAAACAGCCGGGGGAGAGAUACCGGUCUUGGGCACCAGACAGGCAAGAACGAUAUGCGAAGCGUUGGGUUGAAGCCCUUUCGGAUGCCCGCGUCACUGACGAGAUUCGUGGUGUCUGGAUCUCUUACUUGUCUCAGUCUGAUAAAUCUCUUGGCAUGAAAGUGGCGAAUCGUCUUAAUGUGAGACCAAGCUUCUGAUCGAUGUCUGAAACAGACCAAACUCAGAUCUUGUCAGAGGCGAUGGAAUCUCUGAACUCUGCUCUUUUAAGCUUCGGUUUCUGUUUGGUAAUGAGUAAUAUAUAAAAAAAAAAAAUCAAGAUCCUAAUGUUGUAAACCCUGAAUCGUGUUUCUUAUGCUUUCCUGUUUCAAAAUAAUAAUGUUAUGAUCUUAUAUCGUUUUUCUUUC